AUUAUUCUGAUGCAAGAUGCGAAGAUAACACAAGCUUCUGCUGGGCAUGCUCUUCCCCUCAUCCCCGCGUCUGAAGCACCCGGGCUCUCCUACCUUCACGCAACUCUUCUCUUCUACAGCAGCAUUACAUACCCGAUCACCUCCUCCCUGUUCCGCUGACAUCCUCAAACGAUGCAGGACUUCUAUCAAGGCCAAGCUCAUCAUCGCCGGCGGCCUCCAUGCCGAACCGGAGAUGGGGCGGUCGCAGCUUGUAUUCUGGUGGAACAAUCUGAUCAAGCGAUGUAUCUUCCUCCACUCCUACGACCACGUUGUUCCUCUCUUCCGCGAGAUGCUGAGACUACAAUGGACUCCAGACGGCUACACUCUCCCUUACGUGCUCAAGGCUUGUGGAGAGCUAUCCUCCUUCCCUAGAGGCGAGUCUGUCCACGCUUUUUGCUUGGUUACCGGACAUGACAGUAACGUCUAUGUACGCAACAGCCUCAUAGCAAUGUAUGGGAGGUGUGGAGCUCUGCUUCACGCACAGAAGGUGUUCGACGAGACGGUUGUGAGAGGAAUUCACGACGUCAUUUCCUGGAACUCCAUUGUCGCAGCUUAUGUGCAGGGAAAAGAUUUCAGGCGAGCUUUAGGCCUGUUUGGCGCCAUGAUAUCUAGAUGCGAUCUCAACUUGCGUCCUGAUGUUAUUAGUUUAGUUAACGUAAUCCCCACAUUUGCUCCUUCAAGAGAAUUGCGGUUAGGAAAACAAGUCCACGGGUAUGCUAUUCGUUUAGGUUUAUACGAGGAUGUCUUCGUGGGGAAUGCGAUGGUAGACAUGUAUGCUAAAUUUGAGCAAAUGAAUGAAGCCAACAAAGUGUUUGAGUGUAUGGAGGUGAAAGAUGUGGUUUCAUGGAAUUCAAUGGUGACUGGGUACUCCCAGAUAGGGAUGUUCAAGGAGGCAUUAGGAUUAUUUGAGAGAAUGAGACAACAAGAGAUCGAUUUGAAUGUUAUCACAUGGAGUGCAGUAAUCUCAGGGUAUGCACAGAGGGGUCUUGGAUAUGAAGCUCUGAAUGUCUUCCACGAGAUGAUGCUUUCUGGGACAAACCCUAACGUUGUUACUCUUUCCUCGGUUCUUUCUGGUUGUGCUUCUGUUGGAGCAUUGAAUCAAGGGAGAGAGACUCAUUGUUAUGCCAUCAAACACAUAUGUCAUUCAGAGGGGAAUAAUGAUAUUGAGGAAGAGGAUGAGGAAGAUAAAAUGGUCAUUAAUUGUCUUAUAGACAUGUAUGCAAAGUGCAAGAAAGUAGAGGUGGCUCGUGCCAUGUUUGACGCCAUUGAAUUAAGAGACCGAAAUGUGGUGACAUGGACUGCGAUGAUUGGUGCAUACGCACAACAUGGAGAUGCCAAUGAGGCGUUGAAACUCUUCUCAUCAAUGGUAAAGGAAAAUCUUUCCUUGGUCAUACCAAACGGAUUUACGCUAUCAUGUGCUUUGAUGGCGUGUGCCCGUUUGUCUUCUCUUAGAGUUGGUCAGCAAAUUCAUGGAUACAUCUUGCGUAACCAGUAUGAAACAUGCAUGUUAUUCGUGUCUAAUUGUCUCAUUGACAUGUAUGCGAAAUCUGGUGACAUUGACACUGCGAGAACAGUAUUUGAUAUCAUGGCCUACAAAAACACCGUUUCGUGGACCUCACUGAUGACCGGAUACGGAAUGCAUGGUCGGGGUGAAGACGCUCUUAGAGUGUUUGAAGCAAUGCAGAUGCACCAGGAUUUGGAGAUUGAUGGUGUAACUUUUUUGGUCCUGUUGUAUGCUUGUAGCCAUUCUGGCAUGGUGGACAAAGGGAUGAAUUACUUUAACAACAUGAUAAAAGAUCAUGGGGUCAUUCCCGAGAUUGAACAUUAUGCUUGCAUGGUUGACCUUUUGGGCCGUGCCGGUCGUUUGGAUGAAGCAUUGAAGCUGAUACAUGAUAUGCCUGGAGUGCCCACCUCAAUAAUUUGGUUUUCUUUGUUGAGUGCUUGCAGGGUUCACAAGAACGUUGAGAUUGCGGAACACGCAGCGGCCAAAUUGUCAUACUUGGAAGCAGAGAAUGAUGGGUCGUACACGUUGCUUUCAAACAUUUACGCAAAUGCCAGGCGUUGGAAAGAUGUAGCCCGUGUAAGGUCUCUAAUGAAACACUCUGGAAUCAAGAAGAGACCAGGAUGCAGUUGGGUCCAAGGAAGGAAAGGGACUUCAGUAUUCUUUGUGGGAGACAGAAGCCAUCCGAUGUCCGAGGAAAUAUACAAUCUCUUAGCUGAUUUGAUCGGUCGUGUUAAAGGGAUGGGAUACAUUCCACAGACGAGCUUUGCCCUACAUGACGUGGACGACGAGGAGAAAGGCGAUCUGCUUUCUGAACACAGUGAAAAGCUGGCUUUGGCUUAUGGGAUUUUGACUACAGCUCCCGGGUUGGCAAUUAGGAUAACGAAAAACUUGCGUGUUUGUGGGGAUUGUCAUUUGGCUAUAAUCUAUAUCUCUAAGAUCAUUGAUCAUGAAAUCAUUUUGAGAGACUCGAGCCGCUUUCAUCAUUUCAAGGACGGGUCUUGCUCGUGCGGGGGGUAUUGGUGAAUAAAUGCUCUGGUUUUUACUUUGGGAGUUUGGGAUGCGCUUAAGGUCUUAUAUUUGUGAAUGGUAAAAAGAUUAUCUUUGAUGGUUUGUUUAGUUGAUUAGUUCAUGAAAUUAAAUGGGGAGUGUUUUGAGAAGUGUAUUUCUCAGCUCUGUUUUGCCUCAAAACAACAAGGAAGACAGAAUGCUCACCCAGAAGAAACUAGUGCAUCCUCCUUGGCAAGGAAUAUACAAGACUCAUAUUGUUCAUAGAAAAAUAUAAAUCACUCAAAGUUUUCCUCUGUCAUACACUUAUACUCUGAUACCAAAGUAGCAGGGUGGCUCUUCACUUUGUAACCGAGAUGCAGGAUAAAGGUCAGAAGAAUUUUGAAGCCAGUAGGAACUGAGUGUUACCCGGUAUUGGUGUUGGGGUUGCCUUUGUUGAUGAACCAUUAGUCUCGGCAAUCCCUCAUCACGAAAUUUGAUAAAGCAAUUGAACAUAUGAAACUGAUCGUUUUAAAUCUUGCCCCACCACUGAAACAAUUCCAUGUUGUCCCUACUGAGUCUGUGUACUCAUUCAAACCUGCUGAUGGAAGAGAACGGCUGAAAAAGUUGAUUGAUGUUAUUACUGAUACAACAGGAAAAGAAGAUCUCUUGGAGCAUAUGCGUAUGCUGGUCUUGCAAAAGAUUGCUAUGGAAAAUAGAUAAACCAAAAUUGUGCUAGGGAAGUGCACAUCAAGGAUUGCUUGUCAUGUGCUUGAAGCAUCUGUCAAGGUUUUGAUACUUGCAAUAUAUUAGCUUAAAGCUGUUUUGAGGAGAAUCUGUCCAGAGAGAGCAUGAUUGUAAGAACGGCUGGAAAGAUUACCACUUUUCAUUUCAAUAGGAUUCCAAAAGAUGAUAAAUGUCAUGGUCCAACAGCAUCUCAGAGGAAACGGAAGAAACAAAAUCUCAAAACAGAUCCUUUGCUUUCGCAAGAGUCAUUCUGUCCUAUUUGCAAUAGCCCAGUCAAAAUGUCUGACAUACUCCGUAGUAAAUAUGGCACAUUCUGAAAAUAUUCAAACCAGUAUGGAUCUUGUGGAGUUGCGUUGCGUGAGUUGCCGGUUUCAGAUUUUACCUGCAGAGAUCUCAUCUACGAACGCUUUUUAUUCACUCCUACCAGAUCCAAUAAUUUCUCGAGCAAAAGAUGUGAGGUCUAUCAAUCAAAGCCUCCUGCUAAGGUGGGAGCCUUUCCAGCACUGGAAUGAUGAUGAUCUACUUCAGCCUAAGUUUUCAAUACAACAUAUUUGGCUGAAUUGACUUAUGAAAUUCUAGUUGAAACGUCUGAAUCGGCCGAAAUGAUAUUGUUAUAUUUGAAUAUAUUUUAUUAAUGAAAACGAUUAUAUGAGAAUGAGCUAAGAUAGUCAGUCAUCUUUAGCAAUUUCAACCAAUUCGGUCUGAAAAUUAACUUCAGUCUUACUUAUUUUGAUGAUAUUACAAUUCAUCGUUGUGCAAAAUCAAUAAUUACAUAUUUGAUAAAAAAAAUUGAUAGGCCGGAUAAAUGGGCUCUAUAACUUCUAAUCAGUUAAUAGUUGAAAUUAUGUUUGCACAAGUAAAUAUAAACGUGAUUUUAUGAAAUCACAUAACAAAAUCGUUCUCACUGAAAGAAAAUCAUGUUUUGGAUAACCUAGGCCAAAAAGUAAUCAAACUCAUUAACAAAAUCCAUAAAUAAAUUUUGUUUAUCUCCUUUUUUUUUUAUAAAAAGUAAAAUUAAAGUAAAUAAUAUCUUGUAACUACCUACUAUUGUUUCUUUUUUAUAUUAUCCCAUUACAAAUGAAAAAGAAUGUGCACGUUUGACACAUUUGCCCUUGAAAGAAUUCUUCCUUUUGGGCCCUAAUGGAGGUUUUUGAUUGAUUUAUGUUCUUUGAUGAAUUAUGAAAUUUGAUGCAGGAAACUUGGAAUUUUAAAGGCUGGUGCUGAAAUUUGAGUGGAGUAAAAGGCUGAUGCUAAUAUAUGGGUUUCACCGAUUUAUUUAACAAAAUACAAUUCAAUUUCCGUGAAAAUUCUCACUUAAAAGUAAUUGUUUUCAACAGUAUGAAAACUGAAAAGACCUCGUUUAUAAUUGAAAGAAAUUGCCUAAAUAGAUAAAGUAAAAAUGUAGUUUUCCCCUAUGUUGUAAAAACCGGACCGGAGCGUGACCUGGAGCAAUGGCCGGGUCAAGGGUCAACCCGGACCCGGCGGGUCAGCCCGGUCAACGCCUGGGAAACCCGGUCAACAUACAUAAAAUUUUAUACUCCUUAGUACUUAACAUAUAAUAAUAUAAAAUUAAAAUAAAAGCUAAUUAGUCUGCAAAAUAAUGAAAUAAUGUCGAUCCUUUUUUUUUUAUAACAAAUAAUGUUAAUCCGUAAACACUGAAAAACACACAUAAUAUUUUAAAGUAAGUUUUAAUCCUAAUCAUGCCUGUAAUGUUAUUUGAUAUUCAUCUUUUAAUUUUCUAAAUAUAUGUUCUUUCUUAAAUAAACAUUCAUAUAGAUCAUAUACAUUUUGCUAAAAGAAAAUAUGAACAUAACUUUAUUUAUUACAAAAUCAUAAAAGUAUUGUAUGAUUAAGUUUCAAUUAUAUGUGGAAUAUUAUUUAAAAUAUACGGUAAUAAUAUGAUAGCUUUGUAGUUAGUACGCAUGAGUACAUAAGAGAAUAAUGUGUUCAGUAUAGGGGAUGUUUGGAUCUGAUUCUCAAAACUGAUUCUACUCCUUCAGGGAGCAGAAGCAGAAGCUGGAGUGUUUGGGUGAAAUUCCAGAAGCACUUCUAGAGCUCUAAUUUACUCUCAGAAUCAGUUUUUUUAGAAGCUAGGAGGUACCAGCUUCUGAAAACUGAUUCUGAUUCCGCUUCUGCUUUUAGAAAAGAAGCAGAAGCAGAAUCAGUUCCAAACACCCCCUAAGAAGGCUACAUGUAUGAUAAGUCCGUAUUUAGACACACAUUUGAUGCGUGUUGGGAUCGGCUUUUGAUGUUUUUCCUAGCUUUAAGGUGUUACAAGUCUCAAUUUUAGCUCAAGUUAUGUUUACCAGGCGUUGGUUCGAGUUUUGUGUCAUUUGGAGUCAAAAUCAGGAAUUUAGAGUUCGGCACCGGCGCUUGAGAAGCAAUCGGGAUGAUUCAAGAUGUAUUCGAGAGUAGAUUGAGAGAUUUGGAGGUCACCGGUAGGUUCACGAUGAAGAUUUGAUGGCAAAAGAGCUCUAGGAUUGGUUAUGAGAUCAAAAGAAGACGAAAAGAGCUUGAAAACGACGAUUAGGAUGACCUUCUGUCAAUCGUUCAAGCAUAUCUUCUUGUAGAAACAUCCAAAGAACACGAUUCAAAGUCCAUGUGAAAGCUAACUUCAAGGGCUACAAAUCAUAUGGAGACACCUUUGCAAGAAUCGGAGGGAAAGAAGGUGAAACCAAACGAUGAAGUCAGAUGAUCUCUGCUGCAAUUUCAGAAUGAUACCUUCCACCGUUUUGAUCAUAUCUCUUAAUUGGUUGAUUCGAAUCACAUUCGGCAAAUUGGGGUGGAUAGAUGACUUCAUUAUCUACAACUUUCAUGAAGGAAGUAUUGCCAAAUUCGGAAGUUAAGUAGGCACGAUCGUGACCUCAAAGUCAGGCACGAUCGUGCGUGAAGAGAAAGCAUCGCGGAGCUACUUCCAGUCAGGCAUGAUCGUGCCUGCCCAAAAUGCGCGUUUUUGCUCCGGAGGCAUGAUCGUGCCUGGCACCGUGCCUGCCUCCAGAAAUCCUAAUUCAGCUCAAAUUUCACCCGAUCUUUCUAUUUAAAUAGCCUGUAAACCCCCG